GUAUCACCAACACUACUUAGUCGUGCUUUUCCCAAGUACCACUACUUAGUCGUGCUCGCUCGGUACUUUCCCACGAUUGCCGGAUCCGCGUCCGCGUUUUUUCCCCGUCGUUUUGACCGUUACCGCUACGCCAUGGCUGCAUCAGACGCGGAGGCCGCACCGCCGAGUGCGGCGGCAGAGGCGCCGGGAUCCGUGGACACGUCGGCGCAGCUAGCGGCGCUGCGCGCGCUGAUGGCGAAGUACGAGGGCGGCGCGCUGGCGGCGUAUAUCGUGCCGUCUGAGGACGCGCACCAGAGCGAGUACGUGGCGGAGUGCGACCAGCGCCGCAAGUUCAUCUCAGGCUUCUCGGGAUCCGCAGGCAUAGCGCUGGUGACGGCGUCGGACGCGCUGCUGUGGACGGACGGCCGCUACUUCCUGCAGGCCGCCUCGCAGCUCAGCACCGACUGGCAGCUCUGCAAGUCCGGCACCCUCGAGAAAUGGGCCGCCACCCACCUGCCCCGUGGGGCGCGCAUAGGUGUGGACGCGUCCACGCUCUCCAUCGACGCUGCCAGGCGCGUCACCCACGAGCUUGACAAGGCCGGCCAGCACCUCGUGCUGACGCCAGCCAACCUGGUGGACGAGGUGUGGGGAGCAGAUCGCCCAGCAGCCCCGUCCGCGCCGGUGCGCGUGCACCCGGUGCAGUUCGCGGGGCGCGGCGUGGGCGACAAGCUGGCGUGGGUGCGGCGCAAGAUGCGCGAGGAGGGGGCGCGCGCGCUGGUGGUGACGGCGCUGGACGAGGUCAUGUGGCUGCUCAACGUGCGCGGGGCCGACGUGCUGUACAACCCCGUCGUGCUCAGCUACGCGGUGGUCACCAUGGGGGAUGCCACCAUCUACGUGGAUGGCAAGAAGGUCACGGAUGAGGUGGCGGCGCAUCUCAAGGGCGAGGGCGUGCAGGUGAAGGACUACAACGCCAUUCUUCCUGACCUCCAUGCGCUCGCUGCUGCCGCCGCCGCCGCUGCUGCUGCUGCUGCUGUUGCUGAAGGGGGCGGUAGUGGCAAGGAGAAGGGGGAAGAGGCGGGAAAGGAGGUGAAGGUACAGGAGGGGGGGAAGGAGAAGGAGCAAGUGAAGGACGAAGGGACGGGCGGAGAGAAAGUAGAGGAGAAGGCAAGGGAAGAAGGCAAAGUGGAAGGGAAGGGGGAAGGUAAGGAGGCGAAGGCAGAAGGAGGGAGCAAGGAGGCAAGCAAAACAGCACAAGAGGGUGGUGCUGCAGACGCCAAAGAGGGGGCAGCAGGGAACAGCGGGGAGAAGGAAGGGAAGGAAAAGGACUCAGCACCGGUGGACGCACCGGUGUACGGUGUGUGGCUGUCCCCUGCGACGUGCUCGUACGCUGUGUACCAGGCCGUGAGCAAGCAGCUCCCUGCCGAGCACCUGCUGCUGCACCAGUCGCCCAUCGCCCUUGAAAAAGCCAUCAAGAACGAGGUGGAGAUAGCGGGGCUACGGGCAUGCCAUGUGAGGGACGGGGUCGCACUCGUGCGCUUCUUUGCAUGGCUCGACCACCAGAUGAGGGAGCAGCAGGGAGCGCCGGGGUACUUCAAGGAGCGAGUGGAAACUGCAGGCAGCAAGCGCAAGAGCACUUAUGCCACCCCCACUCGGCGCAGCAGCAGGAUCGCAAGGGGGUCUGGUGGGGAGGGGGAAGAGAAGGGCGGGGGCUCCAGUGAGGGGAAGGGGAAGGGCAGGGGGAGGGGGAGGGGGAAAAAGGAGGAUGAGAAGGAGAAAGAAGAGGAGGAGAAAGACGAGGAGGAGAAGGAGAAAAGGGAGAAGGAGGAGGAAAAGGAGACAGGGAAGGAGGAGGGGAAGGAGAAGGAGGAGAAGGGAAAGGUGAAGAAGGACGAGAAGGAGGAGGAUAAGGGGAAGGAGAAGGAGAAGGAUGAGGAGAUGACUGACGUGCACGAGGGGGAUGGGGAUAAGAAGGGGGAGAAGGGAGAGGAGGGGGAGAAAGAGAAGGAAGGGAGUAAGGAAGCGGAGAAGCCAGCGGAGAAGCAAGGGGAGAAGCAAGAGGAGAAGGAAGGCGAGAAGGAGGGCGAGAAGGAAGGGGGUCCGGUGGCAUUGACAGAGUGCAGCGUGUCGGAUAAGCUGCAGGCGUUCCGACAAGAGCAGGAGCACUUCAUGGGGCCAUCGUUCGCCACCAUAGCGUCGGUGGGCACCAAUGCGGCCAUCAUCCACUACAAGCCGGAGCCCGCCACCUGCGCUGCUCUCUCCGCUAACCACAUCUUCCUCUGCGACUCGGGGGGGCAGUACCUGGACGGCACAACAGACGUCACCCGUACAGUGCACUUUGGGCGGCCAACAGAGCACGAGAAGAAGUGCUACACGCUCGUGCUCAAGGGGUACAUAGAGCUGGAGCAGGUCAUCUUCCCUAACGGCACCACUGGCCACAUGCUGGACGUGCUGCCGCGCAAGGCGCUGUGGCGGGAGGGGCUGGACUACCCGCAUGGCACGGGGCAUGGCGUGGGGUCGUUCCUCAACGUGCACGAGGGGCCGCACCUCAUCAGCUUCCGUCCCAAGGCCAUUCAGACGGCCCUUGCUGCCAACAUGACCGUCACUGACGAGCCGGGGUACUACGAGGACGGCAAGUUUGGAAUGCGAGUGGAGAACGUGCUCGUGGUGGCGCACACCGAGCGCGCUCACAACUUCGCUGACCGCGGCUGGCUCAAGUUCGAACCCAUCACACUGGUGCCGAUUCAGACGAAGCUCAUCGAGAACUCCCUGCUCUCCAAGCCGGAGCGUGACUGGCUCAACACCUACCACGCUCGCUGCCGAAAGGAGCUCUCGCCCUUCCUGGAAGGAUCGGACUUGGACUGGCUCCAUCGUGCCACGGAGCCCAUUAAAGCCCACUAGGAGGGUGCGCUGCGCUGCACUUUCUCGCUGUCGCCUCGCCACUAACAUGCUUGGCUUGCUGCUUCCCGCCGCACACUGUUUGGUGCUCUCUCCUUCCACUAACGUUUCUUGGCCUUGGAUUGGAGUCAAAACUCCCCGAGACUCAAUUGGACGACUUAGUAACCAGGAUUUGGUUAUUUAGGGCCAUGCAUUGCAUUGCAUGCCGUAUAUAGAAAAGCACUGCAUAACAAUAUAUGCGCUAUUGUGAACAUGAGCAUGUGUUGUGCUAGCCCGGAAAAG